AUGGCAGAAUUGUAUGAUCAGUCGCGAAACGACGCCCUCCAACGUCUAAACCAAACUCUCCUCCAGAUCGACCCAUAUAUCCUCCCACCGUAUCCAAAUCUUUCCAUCGUCUCUGGACCACUCGAUCCUCCCCUUCUACAAUGCACAGUUUCGCAACUGCUCCGUCAGCAAGUCGAUGCAUAUUCAGACAACGAAGCGAUCAUAAUACCAUGGACUGGCGCGCGAUGGACAUAUCAAAAGUUAUGGAACGAAUCGAGUCUGCUGGCGCGAGCUUUGCUUAGCUAUGGUGUCCGGCCGGGAGAUAGGAUAGGCAUUAUGAGCGGGAACUGCGAGAAAUACAUUGCGGUAUUCUUUGCUUGCGCUAGAGUUGGGGCUAUAUGUGUGACAUUGAACAACACAUAUACAGCGACGGAGAUGAAGUACGCGCUCAGGCAUACGAAAUGUAGAGUUCUUUUCACCACGCCAACAAUCGCAAAGUUUGACAACACUCCCUUAUUAGAAAAACUUCGAGAUGCGGAAAUCACCUCAAUAUUGCCAGAUUUGAAGACUGUGUGCCUUAUACGAGGUAACCAGGAAGGGUUCAUUCCCUACGACGAGUUUUUAGACGAAGCGCAUAGGGUGCCAGACCAUAUCCUCGAUAUGUUUGAUGGUAUAAUAGGCCCGCAUGACGUUGCGAAUCUUCAGUUCACAAGUGGCAGCACUGGAAAUCCAAAGGCUGCGAUGUUGACACACCAUAAUCUCAUCAACAACUCUCGGUUUAUCGGCGAUCGCAUGAAGCUCACCCCCAAUGACACGCUCUGCUGCCCACCACCUCUUUUUCACUGCUUUGGCCUUACCCUUGGUCUCCUUGCAACUCUCACACAUGGUGGCAAGAUCGUCUUUCCGGCCGAGUCGUUUGAUCCUGUCGCAUGCAUGUACGCUAUCUCCAACGAGCACUGUACUGCUCUGCACGGCGUACCAGCAAUGAUAGAUUCGAUUCUCAGCGCCGAGAGGCCCUCUGGCUGGACAUCGGAGCUUCGUACUGGUAUUGUAGCGGGAAGUCCUGUGCCCCGUUGGCUGAUGGAGCGCAUGGUCAGCGAACUGGGCAUGACGGACUUCACAUCUAGCUACGGGCUCACCGAAGCGAGUCCUACCGUCUUCAAUGCACAUACUACUGAUUCACUGCAUGCACGGUUGACAACUGUCGGAACUGUGCUGCCACAUGCUCGGGUCAAGAUUGUUGAUACAGAAAACAUGGUCGUGCCGAUCGGCGUAAGAGGGGAGCUCUGCAUCACUGGUUACCAGAUGUGCAGGGGCUACUGGGAAAAUCCGGAGAAAACAGCGGAACUUCUGGUCAGGGAUGAGCACGGUGAGCUGUGGCUACAUACUGGCGAUGAAGCUGUCCUGGACGUUGACGGAUACUGCACGAUCACAGGGCGGUUCAAGGACAUUAUCAUUCGAGGAGGAGAGAACAUAUAUCCGCUCGAGAUUGAAGAGCGACUGGUACAACAUCCUUCCAUUGCGCGCGCCAUUGUUGUGGGUGUAUCACAUCAGCGCUACGUCGAGGUACCUGCAGCCUUUCUUGAACAACAAGAGGGCGCCGAGAAGCCGUCACUUGAAGAGGUCAAGGCUUGGGUCAGAAAAGUACUCGGCAGGCACAAGGCUCCCGCGCAUGUGUUCUGGCUUGGAGAGGACUGUAGCGCCGAAGUGCCGCUUACGGGAAGUGGAAAGAUCAAGAAGUUUGUGCUGAGGGAUGUCGCUGAGAAGUUGCUUAAGGAAGGACAGCCCAACGCUAUUGAUAUAAACUUUGAGGCGGCCCGCUUACCCCAGCUCGAGCACGAGCUUGCGAACGCUCCGCGGUGCCAGACCCCAGACCUCAGACAGGCACGAUCGAUUAGGUACUGGAACAUGGACAUGCAAUACAUCGUAGAUGAUUUCUAG